CAUGUGACCUGAUUGCCAUGGCACCUGUGGUCACAAUCGACCAAGGCCCGCUGGUCUCCGUGGCCUCGACCCCGCCCACUGCCGUUUCCGUGACCUGUGGAGGGCCUUCCCGCCCUCCAGGGGCCCACACACCCACGGAGGCACUCCAAGCUUCUGGGCACUCUUGUGAGGCGAAGGACAGUCCGAGUCAAAUCAGGACCUGUCCUGUGAGACCCGAGGACAACAAUGAACGAGGUGAAAGAAUCCCUCCGCAGCAUUGAGCAGAAAUACAAGCUCUUCCAGCAACAGCAGUUCACCUUCAUUGCGGCUCUGGAGCAUUGCCGGGAGAAUGCUCACGACAAAAUCCGGCCCAUCUCCAGCAUUGGACAGGUGCAGAGCUACAUGGAACACUACUGCAAUAACUCCACGGACCGGCGGAUUCUUGUCAUGUUCCUGGAUAUCUGCUCGGAGCUCAACAAGCUGUGCCAGCACUUUGAGGCCCUGCACUCUGGCACCCCUGUCACCAACAGCCUUCUCGAGAAAUGCAAAACCAUGGUUAGCCAAAGCAAUGACCUGAGCAUCCUCAGAGCAAAGUACCCGCACGAUGUAGUGAAUCACCUCAGCUGUGACGAGGCCAGGAACCACUAUGGGGGCGUGGUGAGCCUCAUCCCUGUAGUCCUGGACCUAAUGAAGGAAUGGAUCGCUCAUUCUGAGAAGCUGCCUCGCAAAGUGCUGCAGCAUGUGAGUGAGGUCCUGGGUAGCCAGGAAGCUGCUGCUUCUGCCAGACGUGACCAGACCACGGUUACCCAGCAUUGGUUAGGAAAACACAAGUGUAGGCAGCUUGCACAAGAGAGCCUCAUACAUAAGGAGAAAAACAAAGGCUCCCGGAGGCCUCCCUGGAAACCACCCGGUGGGAAACUGUAACAGACGAUCAAUGUACUUACUUGGCUUCCACUGGUCACCCAAUCUCACUGGGGGCCAAUACACAAUUGAGAAUCUCUCUCUCUUGCUUUUCACUUCUACCAUCUCCGCCUCUGACCUCUUUGUUGACGAAAGGGAUCCUUACUCACAGAGCUACCCAAACAAUCUGGCACUGGGAGGGCGUGUCCCACAGG